AUGCAGCAGGAUUACAAAGGAGAGCUGCCAGCUGAUAUGGGUGAUAGGCAGGGUGGGACAUUACAUAAGGAUACUACAGAUGAGGUGUUGGGCUCUUCUAUAAUAGGUCAGGAGAUGCAUUGGUCUACCCCUAAAAAAGUGGGAGGGACAAAGCAUAUUCUUCCAAUAACCAUGACAUUGAAAGCUAACAAAUAUAGUCUCUUACAGGAGAAACAGACAGAGAGGUUGCAGAAGAGUCUGGGGGCUUUUCUUGAAACAAAACUGAAAAGGAAUAAAAUAGAGGAGAUGAUGAGCAAUGUAUUUUUGGGUUGGAAUUGGUAUAGUGAUAUCCUAGUGGAGGGAAGAAUAAUGUUAGUUUGGAAAGAGAAUGUGGUUUCACUUACAGUAACUCAGUCUCAAGACCAACUUAUUAACUGUGAGGUGAAGAUCAAAGGUGUCAGUCAAAAAUUUUGUUUGUCUUUCGUUUAUGGUAGGAACACAAUGGAGGAGAGGAAAGGCCUUUGGGUUCUUUUAACUGGUUCUCAGCAGGUUGAUCUGCCUUGGCUGGUGGUUGGGGACUUUAAUGCAGUGUUUGAGUUUGAUGACCGCAUAGGGGGUAGUCCGGUUACUGAAUUGGAAGUGGAGGAUAGUAGUCUUUGGAGGGCUAAUGCUUUGUUAUCUGAGAUGCACUCGAUUGGCUCUCAUUUCACCUGGUCUAACAAGCAAAAGGAGGGAUCUAGAAUUUUCUCUAAAUUGGACAGAUGUUUUGUCAAUGAAAAGUGGAUAGAUGCUCUUCCCGAUUCUGAAGUUCGAAUUAAUUGGGACACUAUUUCUGAUCACUGUUUUUGCAUUAUCAAAACUGUCCAGUUUAAGAUUUCAGGGGUCAGACCAUUCAGGUUUUUUAAUAUGUGGACUAAGCAUAAGGAUUUUAGGAAUGAAGUUUUUAGUAUUUGGACUAAAAAGACUGGUGGUACUGCUGCUAAGGUGAAUUAUGAGAAGGCCCAGCUGUUAUUACAGCAAUCUACUGAGUCGAGAGUUCUGCAGCAGGAAGAGCAAGAGGCUCAUGAUGAUUUUGUUAGUAAGUCUAAAAUGUACGAGAGCUUUCUUCGUCAAAAGAGCAAAAUUAAUUGGCUCCGUUUUGGAGAUGAAAACACUGCUUAUUUUCAUGCUAGUCUUAAGCAGAGGAGGAUUAGGAAUCGCAUUACUUAUUUUUUGAAUGAAGAGGGUCUAAUGAUUGAUAAUAAUGAAGAAGUGGUUGCUCAUUUCUUUAAUCAUUUCAAAGGCUUUCUUGGCAAGGGAAGCUCAGCACUAGUCGGGCAGACAAGUCUUGUAUCCAGCAGGGGUAUGUUCUGA